AAUGCCCUCAAACUGCGGUCAGACCGACGCACAGCUCCACACCGGGGAAGUUAACCGUAUUUGUUACAUUUCCGCCACAGUUUGGAGUUUGUUACAUUGUCCUCUCGGUCAAAUGUGUGUUUUUUGUAGCGGCUCUGACAACCGGAAAGUCACAGAGCCAGUGUGUGAGGGGCUACUAAAAAGUCAACUAUGUUACAUACGGUUGACUUGAUCCGCAUUACCCCGGCUGGUGCAUCGCAGCUCAGCUGUAACUGUAACCUGCGGCGGCAGAGUUGACGCGGACGGAUACACGGUAGCAGCCCUAGACCCUGAAAACAACCAGCAAGCUCCACAAAAAAACAUUACACCCGGUUGAAGCAAAUGGUUUUUCAAGUAGUCGCAUAAAUAUGCUGCUGAGGUGAGGGAGAGCACAGAGGUUGGAGUGGGGGCUUCCGAGGCCACGGUGAAACCAGGGAAUUUCCUGCCUCUUGGUCCGCCAGCGUAUUGGGUCACACAGGUUGAUGUUUCCUCACCGGGCACCCCCAGGGUCGCUUUCAAGCCUGACUGCCGACAGCUCACCACCUCUGUCAGCCUCUUGAGCGAGCCGAUUGAUCGCCUCCAGCUCAACAACACCGCGUCCACCAGCGGUCCAGACGAGCAGCCUCUGUGUUGCCCCCCCCAUCACCCGAGGCCCAGCUGCCUGGGCAGGACUGCAUCACCAUGGACACAGAGUCCACCUACUCGGGCUACUCCUACUACUCUGGACGCUCCCGGGGAUCCCACAGGCAUGGGGAGCGGAGCCGGGACCGCCACAAGUCCCGCAGCAAAGACAGCCGCUCAGAAAAGUCUGUCACAAUUAACACGCCGCCUGCAGAACCGCUGCUGGGCGACUUGGCUGUUCGGGGUGAGCAGGUCCAGGAUGACAACUGGGGCGAGACCACCACGGCCGUCACCGGCACAUCAGAGCACAGCCUCUCUCAGGAGGACAUUGUUCGCAUCACCAAGGACCUGGAGGACAGCGUGGGGCUCGACUGCCGCCGUUACUUCACCCUGACCUUGGCCGUGAUCCUGGGCCUGCUUGUGUUCCUGACGCCGCUGGCCUUCCUGGUGCUCCCCCACCUCCUCUGGCCAGAGAAGCUGCAGAGCUGCGGCACAGCCUGCGAGGGCCUCUUCAUCUCCGUGGCCUUCAAGUUGCUCAUAUUGCUGCUGGCAGUCUGGGCGCUCUUCUUCAGGCAGCCGCGGGCCGGCCUCCCGCGGGUCUUCGUAUUCCGGGCGCUGCUCACCGUGCUGGUGCUGCUCUUCGUGGUCUCCUAUUGGCUGUUCUAUGGAGUCAGAAUACUCGACUCACAGGAUGAGAACUACCAGGGCAUCGUGCAGUACGCCGUGUCGCUGGUGGACGCCCUGCUCUUCAUCCACUACUUGGCCAUCGUCCUGCUGGAGCUCCGGCAGCUCCAGCCGUGCUUCUCUGUGUGCGUCACGCGCUCCACGGAUGGCGAGAUGAGGCACUACAACCUGGGACAGCUCAGCAUUCAGCGGGCAGCUCUGGCCAUCUUAGAGCACUACUACUGUGACUUCCCAGUCCAUAACCCGGCGCUGCUUUCCGCCUCCAAGUCCCGCGCAGCCAAACACCUGGCCGGCCUCAAGGUCUACAACGUGGAUGGUGAGUUCCCAGCAGGCCCCGCUGAGGGUCCAGGGAACAACGCGGCAGCAGGACUGGCCCACUCCCAGUCCAGAGCCAUGAUCGCAGCUGCGGCCCGCCGCAGAGACACCAGCCACAACGAGCUGUACUACGAGGAGGCCGAGCACGAGAGGCGUGUUCGCAAACGCAAAGCACGACUGGUGGUGGCAGUAGAGGAGGCGUUCACACAUAUCAAGCGCAUGCAGGAGGAGGAGCAGAAGAAAGCUCCAGGCGAUGUGAUGGACCCGCGAGAGGCAGCGCAGGCCAUCUUCCCGUCCAUGGCUCGCGCCCUGCAGAAGUACCUGAGGACCACCAAGCAGCAGCACUGCCACAGCAUGGAGAGCAUCCAGCAGCACCUGGCCUUCUGCAUCACCAACAACAUGACGCCCAAGGCGUUCCUGGAGAGCUACCUGACCCCGGGUCCCACCCUGCAGUACAGCCGGGACCACUGGCUGGCCCGUCAGUGGACGCUGAGCAGCGAGGCGUCGGUCACCAGCGGCCUGAAGGAUGGCACCGUCUUCCUGCUCAAGUGUGUGGACUUCAGCCUGGUGGUGACGACAAAGAAGAUCCCGUACAUCCAGAUGUCAGAGGAAUACAUCGACCCCAAGUCACACAAGUUUGUCCUGCGACUACAGUCCGAAACCUCCGUGUAGGACUCCAAACUUUCUUUUUUUUUUUUUAUUCCUCACCCUGUUUCGUUGCUCUCAAAUGUUUUCAUUUUGGGUUUGCAGUUUUUAUUUGUACUUCUUUUGGAAUUUUUAUAUAUUAUAUAUGAAUCUAUAUAUUACACACAUGUUUGAAUAUUCUGAUCUUUUUAUGUUUGAUUUGGAUGAAAACAAAACAAAAGAACUGAGGCAGGAUUACACUCGCGGCUGUUUGACUCAGACGCCUCGGACACGGUUGUGUGCACAUACAGUAUGUGUGAGUGUGUGUGUGUGUGUGUGUGUGGUGUGUGUGUGUGUGUGUGUGUGUGUGUGUGUGUGUGUGUGUGUGUGUAUGCACGUGUGUCAUUCUGUGUCAACACAAUCACUCGUUCCUUUUCUGUUGAAGAUGCUGGAGCCAAACGAGUUUUUGCCAUCCCCACAGAGACUUUGUUGUCUCAGUCACUCCUUUAUUUCCAUGGGACAGACAGACAGACAGACAGACAGACAGACAGACAGACAGACAGACACAAACCACUAAGGACGGCGAUGGUGUGACUUGGAUUUGAAGCCUGAUGGAAACAAAUGACAGACAUCCUGCCUGUCUGUCUAGCAAGUAUUUGGAUGCUCUUGUGGAUGUCAACAGAUUGAGAAUUAAAUGGAUUUCUUUGUCUUGAAAACCAAAUUAAAUGCAUUUGACAAAAAAAAAGAAGAAACUAAAUCAAUCAGACUUUGCAUUAAAUGCACAUUUAUACAUGUUUAUAAAUUAAAAGAAUAUGCCUAAAAAGGAUGGAACAUAUGACCUCAGCCUGAAAGGAUGUCGGACUGUUUUCUUCAUCACUACUUCAGGACGUCUGUAGAGCUCCGGACGGUUUGAGAAGUCCAGCCCGCCUCGGGUCCAUCCUGAGGCGUUCAGGAGCGCCCGCGAAUGCUAAUCCUAGCAGCCAAAGUGGGACGCUUGGAGCUGUUUUGGUGCACAGUUCAUCUCCAGGUGCAAUGGAGCAAAAUCAGAAAUAUUUCCACUCCAGUUGGGAACAACACACACAUGCCAUGUUAAACUCCGAAUGAACCGGAUCAUAAGAGACGCUGAGAGGUGGAUACAUGCCCAAAAACAUUUGCCCUGCCUCAUCGGUUCAGUAACCUUCUCAGGGCUUUCAUGUCCACCGCAUCUGCCUGAUGGAAAGGGAAGGCAGCGAGGAGGAAAGACGGAGCCGCAAUGUCAGAAAAUAAAAAAGUACUACUGAUUACUUUAAACCAGAAUCCUCUUCUUUGGGUUGCAUAAAUGCUGUAAAUUCUCAUAUAAAAGCUCAUAAUCAAAUAAGCCUGGCCAGCAUGGACAAACAGAAGCCAGGUAAGAGGAAAACAUACACAGAGGAGGGUGGAAUUACUCGCUGUGUGAGUUCAGUAUAAUGUUCAUUUCCACACCUUCAUAACAAACACAGAGUCAUGGUGCAUUCACUGCUCUGCUGCUCUGUUGACACUUUUAACAAAAAAUAAAGUUUUCAUACUCAAAUGAAUUCUCUCUCUUUGAUGUUAACCUACAAAACCUCCUGUUUUUCACAUUAAAAGCUGCCGAUAAAGAGAAAGCUGCAACAAAGUCUGUUGAAAAUCUAAAUUUUAAUAUUUGGUUAUGUGAUAUUAACUGUAGCUGCUACCAGGUGGAAAAGACUUUUAAUGUGAAAAUUCUGGAGGUUUCAUUCAUAGCAGCUUGACAUCGUUUUGGCAGAAAGGCAACAGUGCUGAUAAAAUGUGUGCUGUGGACAAACGGUUCUUCAUAUCUGUAAAUAAAGGCCGCUAUGUGAGAAUUUACGGCAUUUAAAGUGUGAUUUCAGGCCUCACGGGGUUUGCUUGCAUCAUAAUGGAUGAUAAUGUGAGUGUGUAUCAGCAGUGAGAGCUGCAGCAGGGCGGAACCUCGUUCCCAACUGGACCGUCUGGUUUUCUUUUUACUACCUUGUCUCGCCUCUGUUGUCUGACAAACACGCUCACAGUGAAUCCCUCGAGGUCAGCCACUUCACUGGAAGGCUCAGAAGGGAUUCUUCUAAUUAUGUCUUUUCACCUGAUGAAUCAGCCUCGUCCUGUGAAGCCAGAAAACUACAGUUAGAUUAAGCUAAUGGCACUAAAAUGACACUUUUAGAUCAGCGCUCACAUUUUGACUACUCUGUCCGAUCCAGGUUGAUUCACCAAAGGAGUGAAGGAGAAUCUCACUGAGCUCAUUUCUAACUCACUCAAGAAGGAAAAUGUGUCAUUGUAAUAUCAUCUUCUGUGGGUGUGAGCAUGGUUGUCCCCUGCUGCCCCCUGGCUGGUGAAUCUAAUAUUAACAGUUUGUCCAGCUGAGGGCUGCAGCGACAUGUUUUCAUAUAAACCAUAAAGACACUGUUUGACUGUAAACUUGUAACUUGUUAAAAUCACCUGCAAAGAACUUAAAAAAAAACAACACUUUUUUGCUGUUUCCUGCGUGAUGCAAUAACGGCAAAUACCUUUUUUUUUAAAGAAACACCGGUCAUAUUUUGUACCUACUGACAGACGAACUUUGUAUGAUCCCAAUGUGACUGUGCCUCCUGUUUUUACACUGUAUCUAUUUAUGUAAACAAGCAUGUGUGUAUGUGUGUACGUAUGUAUGUAUGCCAUUCCAGUUCACAUGACCAGCCUUUACCCCCCCUCCACAUCACCGCCAUCUGUCACACUGUUGCCAGGUUACAGUCCUCUGUCAUGGUUUGGUUUUUCGUUGGACAGCUUUAUGAUGAAGACGUGACAUUGCAAUGUAAGACAUGUUACAGUUUCACAGCAUUAGCAUUUGUUUAAAAAAAAUAAAAUAAACAUUUUUAUGAACAUUUGUAAA